AUGUCUACGAACACCACCCCUCAGAACCAGACACACCCAUAUGAGCACAACGGUGAGGUCGAUGUGCCCAUGGAGGACGCGGACCCUUAUAACCGAACCAAAUAUCCGCCCCGCCCGACUCAUCAACACCGCUUGUCCGCCCAAUACAUCCCAGAGAUCUCAACGGCAGCUCAGCGUUACUCCCCCAUGAAUGCUCAACCCACAGGUGCGGGCUAUGUGUCAAGCCCCAAAGGUCAAAACCAGUCGUCGUUCUCCUACCUCAACCAGCCUCAGAACACGCGACAGUCGCCGACUCGCACCGGUAGCUACAACGCCGAGCGCUAUAACGAGCCCCCGACCCCGACGAGAUACAACUCCGACUAUUCGCCCGCUAUGCAAAGCAACUCCGCGUUGAGUCCAGAAUCAUUCUACCCCGCUGCGGCAGGAAGCGCGCGACCUGCUCCCCUCUCGAGACAGCAGUCACACCAAGGACCUGGGCCGGUACCCAGGUUCAGAAAGGUCAAGACUCUGCAGGAUCUCAACCCCAAGAUCAGCGCUCAGCCACCUUAUCGCAGGGCGAACCCAGAAGGCGGCUUUAUCAGUCCCUUGCAGGCCCUUACCACAUACCUGCCUUCAACCUACCGAAUAUGCAAUCCCAGCUUCAAGUACGAGUCGUCGCGGAACCCGAGGCGUGUCCUGACUAAACCAAGCAAGGGGACGAAGAAUGACGGCUACGAUAACGAUGAUAGCGACUACAUUCUCUACGUCAAUGACAUCUUGGGCAGCGAAGAGGCGGGUCACAAGAAUCGAUAUCUAAUUCUGGACGUGCUGGGGCAGGGCACCUUUGGUCAGGUGGUAAAAUGUCAGAAUCUGAGGACCCAGGAAGUAGUUGCGGUUAAAGUCAUCAAGAAUCGGACCGCUUACUUCAACCAGAGUAUGAUGGAAGUCUCGGUUCUCGACCUGCUCAAUCAAAAGCUCGACAAGAACGACGACCACCAUCUGCUGCGGCUGAAAGACACCUUCAUACAUCGGCAACAUCUGUGUCUUGUCUUCGAACUUCUCAGCGUCAACCUCUACGAAUUGAUCAAGCAAAAUCAGUUCCGAGGUCUUAGUACGACCCUUGUCCGAGUAUUUGCACAACAACUACUAAACGGAUUGACAUUGUUGAACAAGGCACGUCUAAUCCACUGUGACCUGAAGCCAGAAAACAUCCUGCUGAAGAAUUUGGAGAGCCCGAUCAUCAAAAUCAUCGACUUCGGCUCUGCUUGCGACGAGAGACAGACUGUCUAUACAUAUAUCCAAUCUCGAUUCUACCGAUCACCAGAAGUACUUCUUGGACUUCCCUAUUCGUCUGCCAUUGAUAUGUGGUCUCUUGGGUGCAUUGUUGUGGAAUUGUUCCUAGGUCUACCUCUUUUCCCUGGAUCUUCCGAGUACAAUCAGGUUUCCCGAAUCGUGGAAAUGCUGGGAAUGCCUCCGACAUGGAUGCUGGAGAUGGGAAAGCAGUCGGGAGAAUUCUUUGAAAAGACAACGGACGAAUUUGGCCGCCGUACAUAUCGCCUUAAGAGCAUGGAACAAUACUCUCGUGAACAUAAUGUGAAGGAGCAACCGAGCAAAAAGUAUUUCCAGGCUACCACCCUACCCGAAAUCAUCCGCAGCUAUUCUAUGCCCAGGAAAAACAUGAAACAAGCGGAAGUGGAACGAGAAAUGAACAAUCGGAUCGCUUUCACCGAUUUUGUGCGAGGCUUACUUUCCAUCAAUCCGCUGGAACGUUGGUCGCCUCAGCAAGCGAAGCUACAUCCUUUUAUCACCCAGCAGAAAUUCACCCAGCCGUUCGUUCCUCCGAUGAAUCUGAAGACCUCUGGGAACAAGACACCUGCCCCUGGCGUCCAGCAACAGCAACAAGCUGAAGCGCUCAGCAAGCAGCGUGCUGCUCAGGCUGCGCAGGCGCAAGCACAAGCUGCCCAGGCUCAUGCACAAGCACAGGCUCAGAGCGCUUAUGCAAUGCAGAUGAGUCCUUAUCCCCAAUCGCAGCCUCCGCCCUUGUACAACAACAUGUACCCGACGCACCCCCAAGGCGCGCCCCCACCAUAUCCAACACAGUCAUCGAACUACCCGACCCAAAUGGGAAUGAUGCAACAGCAGAAUCCUCAGAUGAACCCAGGGCAUUACAAUCACCAGCAGAGCUUGUACGCACAAGCCACGCAGAGAGCUGGUCGUCAACGAGCUUCAACCAUGGAUCAGCAGCAGGCCGGCAUCCCUCCAGCUAUCCAACGUGUUGCCAGCCAUCUUGACCCUAACCAGCCAAUCAGAUUGCAACCAAGUCCAGCAUAUUAUCCGCCACCGGCGGAUGGAUACGUGGACUCACCGUCGACAGCUCGAAGGCGUGGCAGCCGGAACCAGAGAAAUCGCGAUUUUAUCCGGACUUUGGAAGAUGGCGCCAUGGGUGAGAGCUUUAUGGGCAAAACUCAAUGGCACUGA